AUGGGUUUGGCUCGCGAGCUCGAGGGAGGGCAGCUGGUUUGGGCUUAUGGUGUGGGUGAGGGACCCCGUGGAGAGGGUGGUGGAGAGGGUGGUGAUGAGGAGGGAGACGAUGGAGAGGGAGACGAGGGGGAGGGAGAUGGAGGCGACGGAGAGGGAGGCGACGGAGAGGGAGGCGACGGAGAGGGGGUCGGUCAUGCUGGCGAUCGAUCACAGGUAGCUGCGGAGGAGUUACGGGGUGAUCGCCCGUACGUUCGACGCAGCGUGAGACAGCGUGUGAUGCCUCCACCAGGGGUGGAGGAGAGACUCGUUCAGGUCGAGUCGGAUGUAGCUGCAGUCAGAGGGGAUUUAGCUGCAGUCAGGGGGGAUUUAGCUGCAGUGAGAGAGGAUGUACGGUGGAUGGUCGAGGCGAUUGUGGCUAUGCAUUCUGUCGCACCCCUACCUCCACGAGCUGGAGGUGAUGACGGUGGUGAUGAAAAAGGUGACGAGGAUAAAAGUGAUGAAGAAGGUGGUGAUGGUGGUGACGAUAAAGAUGAUGAUUUUGAUGGCGAUGAUAAUCCUCCUAAACGGGUUAUGAAAAUUACGUUGAUGAACGUGGAGUGA